AUGGUUUCUUGCUCUCAACCUGACAUCCUCAAUUACCAUGACAAGUGUGCCAAGGUUGUCCCUGAAUCUUCUCCUACAUCUCCUGAAUUCAUCACCAUCCCUUUUCCUCCAAACCAGGAAGGUUACUUCCUUGGUGGAGAUGACAUAUUUAGUUAUUCGAACUCGAACUCGAGCUCAAACUCAAGCCGCUACUACAGCUACUACUCAUCAGGUGAAAGGAAGGUCCUGUUGUUUCGCACCCAUCACGUCCACAGCACUGAUCUUGAUGGUGUCUACAAGGUUCAGGCGAGCUUUAUCCUGCAACCCUCACGUAGUAGCUAUUAUGUUGAAGAUGUUACGUACAGUUACUCGUAUUCUCCACAAGUCAUCUCUAGCUGGUCUGAAAGAGGUGCUUUGAGUUUGGAACUAGAAGGGUUCUGGUCAAAAUCUACUGGGAAGCUUUGCAUGGUGGGAUCGAGUUCUGCUUACUCACAACAAGGUAAAGCUCCUGUUCUUCAUGCUGUUUUGAAGCUUGAUGAUGUUAAGAGUGAAAAUAAGAUUACUAGUUUGAUUAGAGGAACAUUGGAGAGCUUGGACUAUGCUGAUGAUUCGAGUUAUUUCAAACCGAUUUCGAUCUUGAUGUUCCCUGGAAUGAAUUAUAUAUACACUCCUGAACUUGAUUCUGUGUGUAGUGGUGAGAUUGACGCUGCUAAAAGUUCACUUGUCUUACCACUGAGUAAAUCAAUUUGCUCAGUGUUUUCUCGUGAGAGCAAUUCAUUCAAACUAAUGUAUGCAAGUGGUUGUGAUUCUGCAAAGAGAUGUAAACUUCUGGGUGAGGGUGUUGGAUUUUUGCCUGGAGUUAUGUCUAUGAGAUUAAUUACAUGUUCACAUGAUAGACCAAGUCUGAGAUUUCUGUUAGAAUUUCCUAACAGUAGCUAUGCUGAUUAUUAUCUCCCUUUCAGUCCAAACACAACAUUUGUUGCAGAAGGGUCAUGGAAUUCCAAGAAGAAUCAGCUGUGCGUUGUUGCAUGUCGAAUUUCGACGACAACGAAUUCUUUGAGUAGUUCUCUUGUUGAGGAUUGCUCAAUAAGGAUGAGUUUAAGGUUUCCUUCUGUUUGGUCAAUCAGAAAGAGAAGUGCUAUUGUGGGACAUAUUUGGAGCAACAAAAGUGCAAAAGAAUCAGGUUACUUCAAGAGGAUCAGGUUUCAAAGUUACAUGAGUGAGCUACUUGGGAUUCCAGGGCUGAAAUAUGAGUAUACCUUGGUUGACAAAGCAAGAAAAUCAUGCACGGAGAAGCAGCCUGAUAGAGAAAAAGAAAGCCAAUACCCAGAUGCAAAUUCAAAUGACCUGCAAUUUGAUAUGGCUGUCAAGAAUUCCAAUGGAAAAAGAAUUGGAUGGGGCUAUGCAAGGCCCCUUUUUAUCGGUGAUCAAAUUCCAAUACGGAACGUGUUCUCCAGGCCAUUGUCCAGCUCAAGGAACUCCAUGGAAGAAGCAAAAGCUCAGCACAUCAAGCCUUCGAACAUCAGCUACAAGAUGAAUUUCCCAUCACCCAGUUCCUCCUUGAAUGAGUAUUCUCAAGUUGAAGUUUCUGCUGAGGGAAUUUAUGAUCCUGAAACAGGAGUUUUGUGUAUGGCGGGCUGCAGAUAUCUUGGCUCAAAAAAUCACACAGAUGAUGAUUUGAUGGAUUGUGAACUUCUAUUAAAUCUUCAGUUUCCUCCUGUAGAUUCGAACGAUUAUAUCCAGGGAACUAUGAAGAGCACAAGGAAAGAAUCUGAUCCUCAUUAUUUGCAGCCUCUUUCCUUUUCUGCAGUUUCCUUUUACGGCCGACACGCAAGGGAAUCAAUAUGGAGGAUGGAUUUGGAGAUCAUUAUGGCUUUGGUCUCUAAUACCCUGCUGUGUUUCUUUGUGGGAUAUCAAAUCUUCUAUGUGAAGAAGCAUCCCACUAUGUUCCCAUGCAUCUCACUUCUCAUGCUGGUGGUACUUACUUUGGGGCACAUGAUUCCUCUUGUGUUGAACUUUGAAGCCUUGUUCUUCUCGAAGCAAAAUAGCACAUUUUACCUACGACAGAGUGGGGGAUGGCUUGAAACGAAUGAGGUGGUCGUACGGGUGGUGACAAUGGUAGCAUUUCUACUGAAAUUCCGACUUAUGCAGCUUGUAUGGUCUGCACAUUGGGCUAAUGGAAACUUCAAAGCUUCCUGGAGUGCUGAGAAGAAGACACUUUAUGUGUCUUUACCAUUAUAUAUAGCUGGAGGCUUGAUUGCUUUCUAUGUGAAUGGGAGGACUUAUGAUUUUGGCAAGGAUAUGAAUUAUGCUUAUAAUGGCAGUCACCAGCAUUCCCUUUGGGUGGAUUUAAGGUCUUAUGCUGGAUUGAUACUUGAUGGUUUCCUUCUCCCUCAAAUCAUCCUCAACGUUUUCCAAAACUCGAAAGAGAAUGCUCUCUCUCGCUUCUUCUACGUAGGGAUGACAUUUGUGCGUCUAAUACCACACGGAUAUGAUAUUUUCAGGGCACACUACUACAGUGAUGAUUUCGAUUGGUCGUACAUGUAUGCCAAUCCUGCUGCAGAUUAUUACUCCACUGCUUGGGAUGUGAUCAUUCCUCUAGGAGGUCUGCUUUUUGCUGCUAUCAUAUACUUGCAGCAACGCAACGGUGGUCGUUGUUUCCUACCAAAAAGAUUUAAGGAGCUGGUAGUGUAUGAGAAGGUGCCAUUUACUAGUGAACCAUAA